AUGGAGCUCGAUUCUGACUCCGGGAAUAUUGACCCCAGCAAGUUUGACUUGCCAGCCUUAUCCCCCAACGAAGAAUGGGACCUGAUGCAGACCUUCGAUCCAUUCCUCGGAGAAGACUUGUCUUUAAUGCAGCCCAUCCUGGCCGAUUCAUCUCAAUUAGCUACUACCAAUACUCAGCAUCCCGGCUCCAGCGACUUCCGGCUUAAUGGACUCGAGCCUGUCUCGUCUCCCGAUCAGUCCAUGCAAUUCGCAGCCCCUGAGACAUACUCAGACUUUCAAACCGCCAUUUUGGAUAUGGACGUAUGGAAUCCUCUGCCAAUGUCAACAGAAAAUGUAGCCUCAGCGCUCCCGAUCACAGUCGCACGUUCAGCUCUCACUUAUUGCCCCCUCGAAGUCACCAGAGUUGCUCAGAUUGCUCCCAAUCAGGCCUUGGCCUAUGUGCCGCCUCAAAAUCUUGCACCAGUUAGCAAUUACCUGUCAAUGACAAUGCUAUCGGACGACACCACUCAAAGUUUCGAUCUGGCCGGUUGUGUAGUCUCUCAAAAUCAGCAAAAUUCUCUCCGCGAUCCGGCUUACGUUUCCAAUGCCGCUUUUCGCCGACGAGGAAUCGGUAACGAAGUGACCAAUGUGGUGGAACCAUUAAAGGCCACUGCGAAGUCGUCAGGCAAGCGGAAAAGAUCAUUCACACAACAAACAAAAGAAGGAGUCCCUGUCUCGUCACUCUCGUGCUUUACACUUCCUUGGGCACAGGAGACCAACAAAAGAGGGAAAUGGACUGAAGACAGAAAGAAAAACAAAAAGAAGGUCAGCGCUGCGGGGGGUGCGUGCUUUCGGUGUCGAUUGAUGAAGAAGCCAUGCUCAGGCAACCGCCCCUGCAAGAAUUGUCUACAAGCCUUGGAACGAUCCAAAAUCCCGACGAGGAGCUUCGGCUGGCUGUGCACCGUUCGAUUCAGGCUGUCCGAUGUUCUCGAGCCACGUUCAUGGAAUUCGCAGCUCCCAAUGUACGAGCACAAGCACAAGAGUUUAGACGAUCUAUUUCAAUAUCUCGUGUCUGCUACAAGUCCCCGCUUGAUAGAACUUUUCGAAAUCGUCGCACUGGAAAGAGGUGGUGCAUCGUCAAAUGAGGAUGGCUUGUACGCCAUUGCUAUCAGAGAGCCGGCUCGCCUCACAGAUCAAAUCGACCGUUUUUUCUAUAUUUCUAUUAUGACGGCUUCGAGGUUAUACAGCCUAGAGUCUUCCCUCGUCGAGAUAUCUGCGAGAAGUCUCAUUCAAGACCUUGUUGCCGGGACUUUGAUGCUAUAUGAAGUGUUUGACGAACUUCUUGACCGGGCCUUGGAUCUCAAAGAGGCGGAAUGUUCUCACUUGCGGAAGAUCUACUUUGAGCUGAUAAUGCGGCUUCAAGUUCACCUAAAGUUAUUAAUUGGUGUCUUACGGAGAGGACGCAUGUUAAGCGACCUAUCAGCAAAGAUGAGUCAUGCCAGCGAUGCAAUUGCAGCAUAUUUAGAGCUCACUCCCAAUUAUCAUCAGCGCAAAUCUCCAUUUCGAGACUUGAUCGACACUCUCUCGGGAAUGGAAUCUGACAGUCUUCUGACAAUGCGGCCUGGAGCUGCUCACUUCUCAGUCGAAGGAAUUGAUGCGAAAGUCGCAGAGAGUGACGUCAGAUUCGUCUUGUCAGGGUUGAGGUGUGACUCGAAUGGAAUCUACGAACUGAGCACAUCGUCCGGAACCCUUCGAAUGGAUAAGGCUGCAAUGGAGUCCAUCUUUUUGGCUCACUAUCUAUCGUUUGCAUUCAGCUUUGAUGAGGUUCUGCUUGGUAGGUUUGGUAUCUCCAGACGACUCUCUAUCCACGAGCUUCAACCCCAGGGUCAGGUCAACUUGGGUCCUUUUGGCAUAUCACUGACAUGCAACUAUUCUUUGCUCCAUACUAAAGCUUUGUUUCAGCCCAUUUACUCGACAAGCUUCUCAGACGCAGUGACAUGCCUUUUCAACAUAAUAGCUCGCCGAUUGUUCCAAGAGUGGGAAGGGAAAAUGAUUCUUUCUCUCAAACUACACCGAAUGCUUAUUUUUAACAUCUCCUAUACUCUGAGUCUUGAGGGCAUGCUCUGUGACCAAUAUACCAGAGAAAAAGGACGGUUCACUAAUGACGUUAUUGAUCUCUUAGACGUUGCAGUGGUCGAAUUGGGAAGGGUGUAUCAUUGUUUGACCGUGCUCGGUGACGCGCAAAGUGUGGCCCGUUGCAACGAUCUUGUCUGGGACCAGAGAAUCUUGUUGCAUUACAGACUUGGGCCACAGCAUGAAGACGACAGCAUUACCGAAAUGGUACUUGUGGUCAAGGACGACUACGGAUCUGAGUCGAGCAUGACGCUGUUCCGGGGUCCUCGCCACCUCCAUCCAGAUGAUCGACCAUGUGGUUCUCCGGACGAAUGCUGCAUUUGUCAUCUCAAAUACCAACGGGAUCUAGAAUUGAGCACACAGGUUUCCGACCAUGAGCCAUAG